CCGCUAACUCCCAGUGAUCGUCAACUUCAAGCUGAUCUUGCCCCGCGAUCCAUAUACAAUCACCGCAGCUGUGAGUGAGUAUUGCUUUUUUCAUCAGAAUCGGAUCGACAUACUUUGUUAUCACCAGAACCACAUCAUGGGUAUCCUCGGCCACCACAAUCUCGAGCCAUUUCUCGAGCCUAUCGCCAUUUUCGAUCAAUUCGUGGCGAAAGAGCCCCAGACACUUGUUAUGAAAGAAAAGGUCUUGUCUGUCUCUGGCGACAGUUUCGAGGUCAAACUAGCCAGUGGAGAGUCGCUGCUGAAAGUGCAUGGUGCUUGGGUUUCGAUUUCUGGUCGCAAGAAGGUUGAAGACAUUCACGGAAAGCACCUCUUUGAUAUCGUCAAGGAGCAUCUGCACCUGCACACAACUUAUGCGAUCGAAGACUCGCAUCGCAAGAAGAUUGCCGAGGUCAAGAAUAAUCUCUCCUUGCUCGGCUCUAAAGCAACCGCCACUUUCACAGAUUCGCACGGCAAGGCCGUGACCUUGAAAAUGAAGGGAGGCUGGUUCGACCAUAGUGCCGACAUUGUAGAUGAAAAGACUGGCAAACCAGUCGCUCGUAUUGAUCGGAAGUUGUUAAGCGGACGCGAUCUGAUAUUUGGCCAGCAGACGUAUGCGGUCGUUGUGGCGCCUGGAGUCGACGCGGCAUUGAUCGCCGUCUUGUGUAUUUGCUUUGAUGAAAAGAACAAUGAGCCAUCUAGCUAGUGGCCAUGCUAGAGUGCAGUGCAACAUCUUUCGGUUGGAAAUUUCUGUUGAGUCUCAUUUUUGUCAUUUUACGUGAUAUUCAUACUUCAUAGGCUGUAGAUCGUAGUCUUGGAUCCGGAUGUGUUAAGGAUUUAACCACCAAGGACCACUCGUUCGGAGUACUUUUCCACAACAGGCAAAAUCUCAGAGAGUCGAUUUGGAUCUCUCAUCAAAGCUGGAAUGUCAUCUCGUGUGCCUGCUAGG